UUGACCGCCUGGCGGGCCGCCAUUAUUUUGGCUGUGGUCGACAAAUCAAAGGUCAAUCUGAGACAUCAACGCUGAGUUCCCAGCCUUCCAUAGAUGAGGUUCGUCAGCAGAUGCAUCUGCUGCUAGAAGAAGCCUUUAGUCUAGCUUCAGCUGGUCACUCCACUUCCAGCAGACACCAUCACUCCCACCAUCAGCAUCCAUCACUGGGUCCCUAUGGCUUGGGUCCAGUCAUCCCGUACUCAGAGGUGGUGACCAGUGCACCGUGCACCACAAGUCAAGGGCAGGGAGGCCUACAGUGGGUGCCAGCCUGUAGACCAGACCCUUACCAGUGCAGCCUGGCCAAACAGGCAUUCAGGUUCACUCAGCUCCCUGAAAUGGCUCUUGGGUCACCUCCACCCCCUGUCCCACCAAGAACAGGCCCUCCUCAUGAGUCAUCACUGCAACGGACAUCUUCUGAUCUUGGUCUGAAGGGUCAUUGCUCUGAGUUGUCAGUGCCGAGUCAGCAUGAUAGCGCCCCCUACAAGCUAAAAGGCAGAGCGCCACUCCCACCUGUCACUACUGAGCCCAUUCCCAACCACUCAGGAAACCCCAUGACAGCAGUGUACGCCAUCCCAGCCACUCGUCCAGAAUACACUGGAUAUUUCAUCUCCACGCCACCCUCCUCCUACCACAGCCCAUCCUGGAUGUCUUACCCCCCUGAACCCGAGGAUGUGCCUCCUCAGUGGGCCGAAUCUAACCAGUGUCAUUUAGAAACCAUGUGCUGAACUGAAUUUAUCGCUGACGUUGAGUGGAAACAACAAAUUCCCAG